AAUUAACAGAUCACUGUAUAAACAACAUGUAAAUAAACAUGUAAUGGAAUAUUAUUGAGCCAUAAAAAGAAAUGAAGUUCUGAUAGAUGCUACAUUAUGCUGAGUGAAAUAAGACACAAAAAGAUGAACAUUGUUAUGGUUCCACUUACAUGAAAUAUCUGAAUAGGAAAAUUCAUGGACACAGAAAGUAGGUUAGAGUUUACCAGAGGCUGGAGAGAGGCAAUGAAGAGUUACUGCUUGAAAGGUACAGAGUUUCUGUUUGGGAUGAUGAAAAGUUUUGGGCAUAGAUAAUCAUACACUUAAAAAAUGCGUAAGACAGCAAAUUUUGUUAUAUAUAUUUUGCUAUUUUACUACAAUUUUUAAAAAUUAAUGUAACGUGUCAAAACCCAUUGAAUUAUACACUUCAAAUGGGUGAAUUGUAUGGUAUAUGAAUAUGUCAAAACUGUUUUUAAAAACAAGGGGGUAUGAACAGUUUCCUUUUCCUCCAUGAGUGUAUGUACUUCACCAACAGCUCCUGUCCAUCUUUGCUUCCUCCUUUCCCACGUCCGCCUUCCCUCUCAUCUGGUUCAGAAUUCCUGGGAGAAGCUGGGUAAUGAUCAUCAGUGUCCUGGGAUUAGGACUACCCACCAUUCAAGAUUGAAUGACUCAAGACUUCUGUCAGUAGCAGGUCUGGGUAGAUUAUUCUCUCAAACAUUUUAGUCACCUGUCCCUAGGAUGGGGAGCCCGAGAAGAUGUCUAGUAGAUUUUUAAAGACUCUUCGAGUUGUAGUAUGACUCUUUGUGGGUGGAGAGGCUAAACUAGAGGCCCGAGGACCAGAAAAAUGGCUGUUGCAAUGAUUCAGGCUAGAUGGGACGGUAGCUUGAAUGAAGGUAGCAGUAGUAGGAAUAAAAUGGUAGUACAAAAGGGGUGGAGAAGGGAAGAUUGAUAAGGUAGAAACUACUAAACUUGGGCCUGGUUGGCUGAGUGGAAGGCACAGAAGUAGGUAAUGGUUUGAGUAUCCGAGUACAUGGGGCAAUACGGCAGGAGCGUAGUGUGCGCUUGGUCUAGAAUUUACGGCGGGGGCGGGCCGAAGGCGGCAGAGCUUGGUGGGAAGCUCAAGCAGCCUUUGCGGCCGCUGCUGCUGAAAACGGCCCUUCUCUGGGUUUCCCUCUGCCGCUUCGCCAUGGCGGGCCCGGGCCCGGGCCCGGGGGCAGCACUAGAGUCCCCGCGGCAGCUGCUGGGCCGUGUGCGCUUCCUGGCGGAGGCAGCGCAGAACCUCCGCGCCGGACAGCCACUGCCAGCGGCGCUGGCUUUCGUGCCGCGCGAGGUGCUCUACAAGCUUUACAAAGACCCGGCGGGGCCGUCGCGAGUGCUGCUGCCGGUGUGGGAGGCAGAGGGCCUGGGGCUGCGUGUGGGAGCCGUGGGUCCGGCCCCCGGUACUGCCCCCGGGCCCCUCCGCGCUGCCCGCGACAGCAUCGAGCUCCGGCGCGGCGCCUGCGUGCGCACCACAGGCGAGGAGCUGUGCAAUGGCCACGGGCUCUGGGUGAAGCUGACCAAGGAGCAGCUGUCGGAACACCUGGGCGACUGCGGGCUGCUUGAAGGAUGGUUGCUAGUGUGCCGCCCCGCGGAAGGCGGAGCCCGCCUCGUGCCCAUCGACACCCCCGACCACCUCCUGCGGCAGCAGCAGCUCUUCGGCGUGGACUUCCGCCCGGUGCUCAGAUGGGAACAGGUGGUGGACCUGACAUACUCGUAUCGCCUUGGAUCGAGGCCUCAGCCGGCCGAGGCAUACACGGAAGCUGUACAGAGGCUACUCUAUGUGCCCCCGACGUGGACCUACGAGUGCGACGAGGACCUGAUCCACUUCUUGUAUGACCACCUGGGCAAGGAGGAUGAGAACCUGGGUAGCGUGAAGCAGUAUGUGGAGAGCAUAGACGUUUCCUCCUACACGGAGGAGUUCAAUGUGUCCUGCCUGACAGACAGCAAUGCAGACACCUACUGGGAAAGUGAUGGGUCCCAGUGCCAGCACUGGGUACGGCUUACCAUGAAAAAGGGCACCAUUGUCAAGAAGCUGCUGCUCACAGUGGAUACUACAGAUGACAACUUUAUGCCUAAGCGGGUGGUGGUCUAUGGGGGCGAAGGGGACAACCUGAAGAAGCUGAGUGACGUGAGCAUUGACGAGACCCUGAUCGGGGAUGUCUGUGUCCUGGAGGACAUGACUGUCCACCUCCCAAUCAUCGAGAUCCGCAUCGUCGAGUGCCGAGAUGAUGGGAUUGAUGUGCGUCUUCGAGGGGUCAAGAUCAAGUCUUCCAGACAGCGGGAACUAGGGUUGAAUGCAGACCUAUUCCAGCCAACCAGUCUAGUGCGAUAUCCACGCCUGGAAGGCACAGACCCGGAAGUUCUGUACCGCAGAGCUGUUCUCCUACAGAGAUUCAUAAAGAUCCUAGACAGUGUCCUGCACCACCUGGUACCUGCCUGGGACCACACACUGGGCACCUUCAGUGAAAUUAAGCAAGUAAAGCAGUUCCUGUUGCUGUCACGCCAGCGGCCGGGCUUGGUGGCCCAGUGCCUGCGUGACUCUGAGAGCAGCAAGCCCAGCUUCAUGCCACGCCUGUACAUCAACCGGCGCCUUGCCAUGGAACACCGUGCCUGCCCCCUAAGGGACCCUGCCUGCAAGAAUGCAGUUUUCACUCAGGUUUAUGAAGGCCUCAAGCCCUCUGACAAAUAUGAAAAGCCCCUGGACUAUAGGUGGCCUAUGCGCUAUGAUCAGUGGUGGGAGUGUAAAUUCAUUGCAGAAGGCAUUAUUGACCAAGGGGGUGGUUUCCGGGAUAGCCUGGCGGACAUGUCAGAAGAGCUAUGCCCUAGCUCAGCAGACACCCCUGUGCCUCUGCCCUUCUUUGUGCGGACAGCCAACCAGGGCAAUGGCACAGGGGAGGCCCGGGAUAUGUAUGUGCCCAACCCCUCUUGCCGAGACUUCGCCAAGUAUGAGUGGAUCGGACAGCUGAUGGGGGCUGCUCUCCGGGGUAAGGAGUUUCUGGUCCUGGCUCUGCCCGGUUUCGUGUGGAAGCAGCUCUCUGGUGAGGAGGUGAGCUGGAGCAAGGACUUUCCAGCUGUGGACUCUGUGCUGGUGAAGCUCCUGGAAGUGAUGGAAGGAAUGGACAAGGAGACAUUUGAAUUCAAAUUUGGGAAGGAACUAACAUUCACCACUGUACUGAGUGACCAGCAAGUGGUAGAGUUGAUCCCUGGGGGAACAGGCAUUGUGGUGGGAUAUGAGGACCGUACCCAUUUCAUCCAACUGGUGCAGAAGGCACGGCUAGAGGAGAGCAAGGAGCAGCUGGCAGCCAUGCAGGCAGGUCUGCUGAAGGUGGUGCCACAGGCUGUGCUGGACUUGCUAACCUGGCAGGAAUUGGAGAAGAAGGUGUGCGGGGACCCAGAGGUCACUGUGGACGCUCUGCGCAAGCUCACCCGCUUUGAAGACUUUGAGCCAUCUGACACACGGGUGCAGUACUUCUGGGAGGCGCUGAACAGCUUCACCAACGAGGACCGGAGCCGCUUUCUGCGCUUUGUCACGGGCCGCAGCCGCCUGCCGGCGCGGAUCUACAUCUACCCAGACAAGCUGGGCUAUGAGACCACAGACGCGCUGCCUGAGUCUUCCACCUGCUCCAGCACCCUCUUCCUACCGCACUAUGCCAGAAUCCUUGGUAGUGACAGAGGGACCUCUACACCUGGCAUGACGAAGUCCCCAUCCCCCACCCCUCGCUGCAGCGCCAGGGUGUGUGAGGAGAAGCUCCGCUAUGCUGCGUACAACUGCGUAGCCAUUGACACCGACAUGAGCCCUUGGGAGGAGUGAGGCGGCACCCGGGGGCAGCCUCGGACCGGCUGGGGUUUGCCCUCCUGUCAUGAGCUGACAUGCUCAGAAAAAGCCAGCGCACACAGUCCUGGUAUGUGGUCGGAGUGCUGGCUGUGUGGGUGACCCUGGUGGCCCAGCCCUGCAGACCCACAAGCCCUAUGUGUGCUGGGGCUUGCUUCCCAAGUUACUUAUCCUCUGUGGAGGGAAGCUUCCACAAGCCCAGCACAAGCUGCCAGGCCUGAGCUACUUGAAGGGGGCCUUCUAGCUCCCCACCCCAUGGAUUUUGCUUUAGUUUUUGGGAGCUCUUUCAUUUUUCUCCAUGUUUUUCUCUGGCUUCCAUCUGGACUCAAAACUAAAAACUCUGGAGCAUGUUAGAGGCCUAGAAGCUCUUUCCCAAACACAGCAGGAGGGAUGCAUAGGGAAUGAUGGUCAUCCUCCUCGGUUACCUGCCCAAAAAUAAAGGAACAACUGAGCACCCCCUCCCUCACACACUGGUGUUUUUUUCCAUUCCCUCCAUACUCAAGGUGUAAGUUCUGUCCUUCCUCCAUCCUAGUCUCAACUGACAAAGUGCCACCACCUUCCCUGGCUCAGAACCUACAUCCCCACUCAACAUUAAAUCUUCACCACCACACCACAUUGGUCACUUCUGUAUCACCUCCAGCCUGAUUCCCCAUCUGCUAUCUUCACGCUCAAGAUUUGCACAGGUUAAGGCCAGUUAUAUCCUCUGAAAUCUUUACCCAGCUCCCCUUUACCCACCUCAAAUCAAGCCUAGAUUUUAAACUUGCUUCUGGCCUUAUGCAUGUCCCUGCCACAGCCCUCCUUCCCUUAAGGGACCCAUGAUGCUCCAUCAGAGAAGGUCCUGCACAUGGGAAAGUUUAAUAAAUGGAUGAGUUCAUUCCUUCGGAAUGUGUUUAUUGGACUCCUGAGGGAUGUUAGAGGAGGCUGUUCCAGAAAUUCAGGGUCCUGCGGGGAGCCUAGGAAGUGGGUGUCAAGUAGGAGUGGUGGGGCCUCUCAGGGUCGAACAUUAAAUCUGGAGUUGAGCAGGAAAAUAAGGACCCCCACUAUGCAGUGUUGUUUUUUUGUUUUGUUUUGUUUGUUUGUUUUUGAAGGCUGACCUGGUAUUUUCUGGGAUGGGUGUGGUGAUGGGGAGGAUGGGGGUCCAUCUCCUGGAACCCGGCAGGCAGAAGAAUUUGACCUGAUAGAGAAAGCCUUGAGAUGGCAGGUAAGCCAGCCAGGUCAGGGUUUUGACAGAAGAGGAGGCAGCAGUAUUGCUGCCUCCCACCCCCAAAGCCGCCCCUAGUUGCUACGCGGCUAAGGCGUAGUUACUAGGAGCAAGCACCCCAUGGGAGAACUCGUGCGGAGCCAGCCCCGGCACAGUGGGCAGCCUCCUCAAGCGCCAUGUCCAGUGAAGUAGCCUGCGCGGGUCGCGCUCUGCCAGCGCUCCCCCAGCCUGGUCGCUAGGGUGCACCCUACCGCCAGCCCGUCUGGUAACCACCUUGCCGGCGCCGGCGUGGCGCCCCUCCCACGGACUGGACGCUCUAGCCCGAACUCUCCGGAGUCUUGGUUAACACCCCAGCGGAGGCUCCUGGUAACCCUGGGCUUACGGCUCCCCAAAGCCUGCGCCUUGGUCGAUCCACAGGAGGCCCCGUCACCCCCGGCUACUCUGGGCAGCCGCUUAGGGUCCAGAGGCCGCCACUCCCCCCAGCUCCGCUCUUCCAGCAAACCUUGGUGCCGUGUCCCCGCUCCCGCGGGUCCGAGGCGCGCUGUACCUUUUCCUUUUCAGGAAAGGGCUGGGCCGCACGCCUGCAGGAGGUAGUCCGUUUCUGUGUCUGUGGCCACAUGAGUCACUGGUCUCUCUUUCAUGAAAUUGGACUCACUGUAUAUUUUGUAGUUGCUUUAUAUUUAGUUCACUCAUUCAUUCAGUGAAAGCAUCAGAUUUUUGGGUCAGACACCAUACUAGGUGCAGUGUGUAAAAUAAAUUUUUUUGCCCUCUUGGCAUUUAAACGCUAAUGGAAGAGAUAUAUUAAGCGAAUGAGUUCAUAAGCAAUAUUUAAUAACAAUUGUGUAAGAGCUCCAGUGGAGAAGAGAAGGGUACUGUUAGAAGACCUAGGUUUCCAACCAAUGGGGCUCAAAUCAAACGCUAAACCCUCAGGUGGAGUAAGGACACAAAGUUUAGCCGAGAAGCAUGUUGAGUCCCAUGUCAUUAGAGUGUGAUGGGAAGAAAGAAGAGAGUAUAGCUUUAGAAGCCCUUUUAGGAUUUUGCGAUGAGCAGCCAUGAAGGCUUCAAGCAAGGGGGUGAUGUAAUUAGAUUUUCCUUUGGCAACUGUGUGGAUAAUAAGGCGAGAGGAGGCAGGGAGUAAUUAAGCAGGAAAUGAUUGUCACUGUACCAAAGGGGAUAUUCAUUUUAACUGUUAUUUUUAUUGGCUGCAUUGUAUUACAUUAUAAGGAAUGUUCAUAGCUUUCAUUCAUCUAAAACCCUCUACAAGUGGACAUUAAGUUUGUUGACAAAUUUCAAUAUUGAAAAGUACCAGUGUUAUAAUAAACAUCUUCAUGCAUA